AUGGAGCAGGAUGCCAUCAGCUCCAUCCACUCCCUGGUUGGUCCCACCUUCCUCCCCUCAGUCCCACCCACUCUCCUGCUAUGCCCACCCUCUCUCCCCACCCUCUCACAGGUCCUGCUCCCCUCUCCCCUUCACCCCCUUGGCCUUGUCCACCCUUCUCGGUCCCUCCCUCCUCCCUUUCCUUCAGCCUUGCCCCACCUCUGGCCCUGCUCUCCACAGAAGAAUGAAUACCUGUUCUCCCUGCUGGCGGAGGAGAAGGACACACUCCUGCUCGGCCUGAGGUACUCACCCACGCAGCUGCACUUCCUAUUUCUCACCGAGGACUUGGCUGGUGCCUGGCAGACCCGUGUAUCCUUCCGGAGCCCCGGCCUCGUGGACCGCCAGUGGCACACGCUGAUCUUGGCUGUGUCCCAAGGAUCCUUUUCCCUCACCAUGGACUGUGGCCUCCCAAUAGACAUAAUGGCUGACGUUCCCUUCCCACCUACCCUAUCAGUAAAAGGAGCCCGGUUCUUCGUUGGCAGCCGGAAGAGAACCAAAGGCCUAUUCACAGGCCUGAUAAGGCAACUGGUUCUGCUGCCAGGCUCAGAUGCCACCCCAAGGCUGUGUCCCAGCAGGAACGCCAGGCUGGCUGAGCUGUCCAUCCCCCAGGUGCUGAAGAGGCUCACAGAGAAGCCUGAUGAUAAUGAGGUGCUGAAAUAUCCCUAUGAAGCCGACAUGAAAGUAACCCUGGGAGCCCGGCCGCCAUGCACCAAGGCACAGGGUGUCCAGUUCUGGUUUGAUGCCGCCCGAAAGGGGCUCUACCUGUGUGAGGACAGCGAGUGGGUCUCCGUGUUGACAGCCAAGACCAAGCUGGACUACGUAGAAGAACAUCAGAGUCUGCACACCAACUCAGAGACCCUGGGCAUCGAGGUGUUCAACAUCCCCGGUGUGGGGCUCUUCGCAGCUACGGCCAAUCGGAAGGCUAGAUCAGCCAUCUAUAAAUGGACGGAUGGGAAAUUUGUGUCCUAUCAGAACAUUGCCACACACCAGGCACAGUCGUGGCGACAUUUCACCAUUGGGAAAAAGAUCUUCCUGGCCGUAGCUAACUUUGGGCCAAAUGAAAGGGGUCAAGAGUUCUCGGUCAUCUACAAGUGGAGCCCCAGAAAGCUGAAGUUCACCCUUUACCAGAGGAUCGCCACCCACAGUGCCCGUGACUGGGAGGCCUUUAAGGUGGAUGGAGAGUACUUCCUGGUGGUAGCCAACCACCGAGAAGGGGACAACCACAACAUCGACAGCGUGGUCUACAGGUGGAACCCCAGCAGCCAGCUCUUUGAAGCCAACCAGUCGAUUGCCACGUCCGGUGCCUACGACUGGGAGUUCUUCACCGUGGGGCCCUACUCCUUCCUCGUGGUGGCCAACACCUUCAACGGCACCUCCACCCAGGUGCACUCCCACCUGUACAUCUGGCUGGUCGGCGCCUUCCAGCUCUUCCAGUCAUUUCUGACCUUCGGCGCUGCAGACUGGGAGGUCUUCCACAUUGGCGAGAGGAUCUUCCUUGCGGUGGCGAACAGUCACAGCUACGACGUGCAAAUGCAGGCGCAGAAUGAUUCCUAUGUCCUCAGCUCCGUCAUCUACGAGCUGAAUGUCACAGCUCAGACCUUUGUUAAGUUCCAGGACAUCCCCACCUGCAGCGCCCUGGACUGGGAGUUCUUCUCCGUGGGAGAAGAUCACUUCUUGGUGGUUGCGAACUCCUUUGAUGGAAACACCUUCUCAGUGAACAGUAUUAUUUACAGGUGGCAAGGAUACGAGGGCUUCGUGGCGGUACACAAGCUCCCCACCUUUGGCUGCCGGGACUGGGAAGCCUUCAACACCACUGCGGGCUCUUACCUCAUCUACUCCAGCGCCAAAGAGCCCCUCUCCAGGGUGCUGAAGCUGAAGACUGGCUGAAGUUACCCCGACCCCGCUGCCUCCCCCCAGCAGCUGCGCAUGAGCAGACGGCAGGACCCACCCAGCCCUCUCUGGUCCUGGGGCAGGUGUAGAUGGCUGUAACCUCUCUACCCUCUCAGAGCUGGCUCUUCUCCCCUCCCCCAGCUGGUGGCUAUACCAGAGCCACAGUCCUGGUGACUGGUGGCCGUAUUUCAGGUGACCCUGGGAUCCUUCAGGCUGAGGCCCAGGGCUGCUACCCAAUUUUGGUGCUUCCAGCCUGUGUCUUGCAGGAAUUCUGCCCUAAAGAGACAGUUGCUAUCACAUUUUACCUCACACACAGGAGCCCUGGCAGCCUCUAGGGCCCCAGCUCUCUCAGCCACCCCUGCUGUGCAGCCCUGAUGUGCGCAUCAUCACCAACACCUAUUUAUUGUAUUUUAUCUAUAUGGAAAUAUAU